CUGAGGAUUGAUUUGAGGAAUAACAGAAAACGCAAAUAAAAAAGGCCACCGCCACACCAGAAUUUUCAGAUACUAAAUCUCACACUUGCCUACCUACUGAGUUGGCUGUUGUAUGCCACUAUCUUCCUUCCAACUUUUCUCAGUUUCUCACUCUCCACACUCAUUAGUCAUUACUCCCCCACUUCCACUCAUCUCUCUAUAUUUCUCACUCCUCCUUCAAGAUCUGCUUCAAUCACCAUUGAAAAAAGCUCUCUUUUUGGAGUAUCAGGUAACUACCUGGUGAUUUUUCUUCAGAACAGCGAGAGUCCAGCUCGCCAUCAUGACCCCUAAACAUGGUGGUAGAUCACGAAGCUCCAUGUCGAUAUUUAUCGUGCUCGGACUUUGCUGUUUCUGUUACUUACUAGGAGCUUGGCAAAAAAGUGGCUUCGGUAAGGGGGAUAGUAUAGCCAUGAAGAUGUCAAAGGUGGCUGAAAUGACAGAUUGCGGUGUAAAAUCAGAUUUGGAUUUUGAGCCUCACCACAAGUUUGUUGGUACUUUUGAAUCUCAUGAUGUGAUAAUUAAAAAGUACGAGGCAUGUGAUGUCAAAUACUCUGAUUAUACCCCUUGCCAAGAGCAGGAUAGAGCAAUGAAAUUCCCUAGGGAAGAUAUGGUCUAUAGAGAGAGACAUUGUCCCCCGGAUGAGGAGAAAUUGCGUUGUCUUAUUCCCGCACCGUUUGGAUACAGAACCCCCUUUUCCUGGCCGAAAAGCCGGGAUUAUGCGUACUAUGCUAAUGUGCCUUAUAAGCAUCUGACUGUUGAGAAGGCUGGUCAACAUUGGGUGGAUUUUGAAGGUGAUGUGUUCAAAUUUCCCGGUGGUGGGACGAUGUUUCCUCAAGGUGCUGAUGCUUACAUAGAGGAGCUUGCUAGUGUGAUUCCGAUUUCGGAUGGUACUAUUAGAACAGCACUGGAUACUGGCUGUGGGGUUGCAAGCUGGGGUGCAUACAUGCUGAAGAAAAACGUAUUGGCAAUGUCAUUUGCACCACGUGACAAUCACGAAGCUCAAGUGCAGUUUGCAUUGGAGAGAGGAGUUCCUGCAGUCAUCGGUGUACUUGGAAGUAUACUUCUUCCAUAUCCCUCGAGGGCCUUUGAUAUGGCCCAAUGCUCCAGAUGUUUAAUACCUUGGGCAUCAAAUGAUGGAAAGUUUCUGAUGGAAGUAGACCGUGUUCUGAGACCCGGUGGUUACUGGGUUUUGUCUGGUCCUCCAUACAAUUGGAAGACGUACCAUAAAGUAUGGAAGAGGACAAAGGAGGAUUGCAGAGCUGAGCAGAUGAAGAUUGAAGAGUUGACAGAGAAACUAUGCUGGGAGAAAAAGUACGAGAAAGGAGAUAUUGCUAUAUUUAGGAAAAAGAACAAUGCUGAAUCCUGCAAACAGAAGCCACAAAAUGUCUGUGAGGCACAAGAUCCUGAUGAUGUCUGGUACAAGAAAAUGGAAACUUGUGUGACACCAUUCCCUGAGGUCUCAACCUCAAGUGAGGUAGCUGGAGGUAAACUAGCCAAAUUUCCCACAAGGCUUUUAGCUACACCACCCAGAAUUGCCAAGGGAUUGAUUCCAAGAGUCACAGAAGAGUCGUACCAGGAAGACAAUUCACAAUGGAAGAAACAUGUCAAAGCUUACAAAAACCUUAAUAAAAUGAUCGGAACUACCAAAUACCGCAACAUAAUGGACAUGAAUGCGGACCUCGGUGGUUUUGCCGCAGCACUUGAUUCACCCAAAGUGUGGGUUAUGAACGUCGUGCCUACUAUUGCUGAAAACACUUUAGGUGUGGUAUAUGAAAGAGGUCUUAUUGGCAUAUAUCAUGACUGGUGUGAAGGAUUCUCUACAUACCCAAGGACAUAUGACUUGAUUCAUGCUAAUCGUUUGUUCAGUCUUUACCAGGAUAAGUGUGAAUAUGAAGACAUUCUUCUUGAAAUGGAUCGAAUCCUUCGUCCCGAAGGUGUAGUCAUCUUUAGAGAUGCAGUUGAUCCUCUAAACAAGGUUAAGCAAAUUGCUCGGGGAAUGAGGUGGGAUCUCAAGUUAGUAGACCAUGAAGACGGUCCUUUUGUUCCCGAGAAGAUACUCAUUGCGGUUAAACAAUAUUGGACCGCCGGUGAAAAUAAUAGUACGUCAAGCAGUUGAUAGUCCUUUAAAUUAAAGGGUAUUGACACUCGAUAUCCAAAAAUAGAAACAUCGAAGAAGAAGAAAAGGGAAAAGUUGAGUAAGAAGAUGAGUUCUUAAUCACUUGCAAAAUCAAAGGUGAAAUUCUUGGCAUGUGUAAGUUAUUUUUGUUUGUUACAUUUAUUUGAUGAUAUAGGUAAUUUAUUGCUUUUGGAAAAAUGUAGUAGAGUAGUAUUCUAGGUUGAGAAGAUGUAUUUUUUUGUGGGAAUGAAUUGAAAGGGUUGUAAAGAGUAUGUAUGACCCUUGAGAUCAUGUGAUCUUGUACCUAAAAUUAGGUUUAAGAGGUUUCCACUUGAAAUAUAGCAUUUGGUAGAACAAUGUAAGCUACAAGUUAAAAAAAAAAAAAAAAAUCAUAGUGGUUCAUGCUUUAAUUUA